GAUCUCCAAUGAACAUUCACCCAAACUCCAGAUCCGGAGUCACAGUUACCUGAGGGCAGUAAGUGAGGUCUCCAUCAACCGCAGCCUGGACAGCCUUGACCCCGCAGGCUUGCUCACGUCACCAAAGUUCCGCUCCAGGAAUGAGAGCUACAUGAGAGCCAUGAGCACCAUAAGCCAGGUGAGCGAGAUGGAGGUGAACGGGCAGUUCGAGUCCGUGUGUGAGUCGGUGUUCAGCGAGCUGGAGUCGCAGGCGGUGGAGGCGCUGGACCUGCCCAUGCCCGGCUGCUUCCGCAUGCGGAGCCACAGCUACGUGCGGGCCAUCGAGAAGGGCUGCUCCCAAGAUGACGAGUGCGUGUCCCUGAGGUCGUCCUCCCCGCCACGCACCACCACCACGGUGAGGACCAUCCAAAGCAGCACAGGUGUCAUAAAACUGAGUUCUGCUGUUGAAGUGUCAUCUUGCAUUACAACAUAUAAGAAGACACCACCUCCAGUCCCACCCAGAACUACCACGAAACCUUUCAUUUCUAUCACAGCCCAGAGUAGCACAGAGUCUGCGCAGGAUGCCUACAUGGAUGGACAAGGCCAACGGGGAGACAUUAUCAGCCAGUCUGGCCUCAGCAACUCCACGGAAAGCCUGGACAGUAUGAAGGCUCUGACGGCUGCCAUCGAGGCCGCAAAUGCCCAGAUCCAUGGCCCUGCAAGUCAGCACAUGGGCAAUAGCACUGCCACCGUCACCACUACCACCACCAUAGCCACGGUCACCACGGAGGACAGGAAGAAGGACUUCAAGAAGAAUCGAUGUCUGUCUAUUGGAAUACAGGUGGACGAUGCUGAAGAACCUGACAAACCGGGGGAGAAUAAAGCACCCAGUAAGUUCCAGUCUGUGGGAGUGCAAGUGGAAGAAGAGAAGUGCUUCCGCAGGUUCACACGAUCCAACAGUGUGACAACAGCGGUACAGGCUGACCUGGACUUCCAUGAUAAUCUGGAAAAUUCCCUGGAAUCUAUAGAGGACAAUUCUUGUCCCGGCCCAAUGGCCAGACAGUUCCGAGAUGCCAGCACCUCCACAGUCAGCAUUCAGGGCUCAGGAAACCAUUACCACGCCUGCGCAGCCGACGAUGACUUUGACGCGGAUUUUGACCCCUCUAUCCUGCCUCCUCCGGACCCCUGGAUUGACUCUAUCACAGAAGACCCACUGGAGGCCGUGCAAAGGUCUGUGUGCCACCGGGAUGGUCACUGGUUUCUGAAGCUUCUUCAAGCAGAACGAGACCGAAUGGAAGGGUGGUGUCAACAGAUGGAGCGAGAAGAGCGGGAAAACAACCUACCGGAAGACAUUCUAGGGAAAAUCCGAACCGCAGUGGGCAGUGCCCAACUUCUCAUGGCCCAGAAAUUCUACCAGUUCAGAGAACUGUGUGAAGAAAACCUGAAUCCUAAUGCUCAUCCAAGGCCCACCUCCCAGGAUUUGGCGGGGUUUUGGGACAUGCUGCAGUUGUCCAUAGAAAAUAUUAGUAUGAAAUUUGAUGAACUUCAUCAGUUAAAGGCCAAUAAUUGGAAACAGAUGGAUCCUCUUGACAAGAAGGAGAGAAGGGCCCCUCCUCCAGUGCCAAAGAAGCCGGCGAAGGGCCCCGCGCCGCUGAUCCGGGAGCGCUCGCUGGAGAGCUCGCAGCGCCAGGAGGCCCGCAAGCGCCUGAUGGCCGCCAAGCGCGCCGCGUCCGUCCGCCAGAACUCGGCCACCGAGAGCGCCGAGAGCAUCGAGAUCUACAUCCCCGAGGCGCAGACCCGGCUCUGA